AUGAGUAGUAAUCUGAAGAUAAGGGAUCCAAGUACUCAGCCAAGACAGAGAAUGCACACAACGGGUGCAUUUUUCGCAGGAGAUCAAAAUGGGAGCAAUAUACGUUGUGUGUUUUGUGAUGCAGAACACUUUUCCGCCUCGUGUGAGAAGAUUAAAGAUCCACAAGCCCGAAAGAAUAUUUUGAAGAGACAAGGACGUUGCUUUUUAUGUUUGAGAAAGGGUCAUCGAAUAAACCAAUGCACCUCCAAUAGACGAUGCCGCAAAUGCCCAGGAAAGCAUCAUCAGUCAAUCUGUGAAUUUAAUUCGAGUCGACCACCACAGGACCCAUCGAGUCAACCACCAGAGAACAAACCUGGGCAAGCUUCCACGACUGGAGCUGUUGUCAAUGAAUCGUCAAAUGGUACAACCACUACAUCUGUGACAAGAAGUCAAACGAGAGUAUUGUUACAGACAGCAAGGACAUAUGCAUAUUCCAAUGAAGGUUCAGAAGUCUUACCUGUCAGAGUGCUCAUUGAUACUGGAAGUCAAAGAUCGUACGUCACAACUGGUCUACAGCAAAAGCUUGGUUUGAAACCCAUCAAGAAAGAAUCAUUAAAUCUUAAUACCUUUGGUGAUGCCGGUUUCUCGAAGAAAGACUGUGAUUUGGUCCAAUUAACGCUACAAGGAAAAAAUGGCCAAGAUAUAAAGAUCGCAGCCCUGAGUUUUGGUAACAUAUGUUCGCCACUACCUGGAACAGUAAACCUAGAAAGCUAUCCUUCGUUUUUAGAGCUGGAUCUUGCCGACUAUAACACAGCUUCAUCAAAUAGUAAUGAUGACAUUGAUGUUUUAAUAGGAUCGGACUACUAUUGGGAUGUUAUAACCGGACAUGUCAUUCGAGAGAGUAAUGGACUGGCAGCAGUCAGCAGCAAGUUUGGUUGGUUGGUUUCGGGCCCAGUACAAAAUACCAAGAAUGGGGAUAACCAUGUAACAUCCAACCUGAUACUCCAACAACCAAGCUAUUCCAUAUUAAAUUAUGAGCAACCAUCCAAUUUAACUGAUAGUUUGGCACGUUUUUGGGACAGUGAGUCCAUUGGCAUAGUUGAUUACACUGAAUCUGACCACCAAAGAAAGGAAUUCUUGAAGGACAUUGCAUUUGACAAGACCGAAGGAAAAUAUCAAGUUGAUCUUCCCUGGAAGGAGGAACAGACUUUGCAAAAUUCUAAUUUUGGACUAUGUGUAUCUCGAUUGCAUCAUCUGAACUCCCGUUUAAGUAAGGAAGGUCUAUUAGACCAGUAUGACGAUAUUUUCAAGGAACAGGAGAGGACAGGUAUCAUUGAAAGAGUCCCAGCUGACGAAGAGAAUAACAAAGAUGUUCACUUCUUGCCUCAUCACGGAGUUGUGAGAUCAGACAAAGCCACAACGAAGUUACGCAUCGUAUUUGAUGGAUCAGCGAAGGACACUGAUAGUGAACAUUCUAUCAACAACUGUCUCGAGACAGGGCCCAAUUUAACUCCGCAUCUUUUCGAUGUUCUGAUUAGAUUUCGAAGCCAUCCAGUAGCCCUCACUGCUGACGUGGAAAAGGCAUUCCAUCAAAUAUCCGUGAGUACGUCAGACCGAGAUAAGCUAAGAUUUCUUUGGUGGGAAAAUAUCGAAGAUGAGACCCCAAAAAUGGUCCAGUAUCGUUUCCGUCGAUUAGUUUUUGGCUUGACUUCUAGCCCUGCGAUCCUCAAUGGAACAAUUCAACAUCAUUUAUCAUUGUAUGCCUCCUCCGAGCCUGAGGUCUCGAAGCUCCUAGCUAGUUCGUUGUACGUGGAUGAUUUCCCAGGAGGAGCUACACAUGAAGAAGCAGCUUUUGGCGUUUACGAGAAAGCUAAACGUAUUAUGAGCGAAGGCGGAUUCAACCUGCGCAAAUGGCGCACUAAUUCGAAAGUUUUGAAGGAACGAAUUGAUAAGUUUGAGAAUACGGUUGCCACGAAUCAACAGAAUGUUAAUCAAGAAACGUCAGAACACAAAUCAUCGGAAGGUGAACUGUCGAAGAUCAAUCUAUUAGCGGACACAUCGCCUGAACUUAGAGCAGCUGAGAAAUUGCAAGAGAAAUCAUCAGAAGUGAAAAUUCUUGGUCUUAACUGGAAUACCGAAAGGGACUGUUUCAGUUUUGAUGUUGCACAACUUAUAGAAUAUCUGAAGUCAUUGCCACCUACAAAAAGAUCGAUAUUGAAAGCGUCCGCGAAAAUAUUUGAUCCUAUCGGACUGAUCAGCCCAAUAACGGUGAAUCUAAAGAUGUGGUUCCAGGAGCUGUGUUCCAGCAAGGUUGAAUGGGACGAGGCCCUUGAGAAAAAAUGGUUGAAAAGGUGGACUUCCCUGGUGGGCGAAGUCAGUGCACUAUCCGAGAUAAGUGUUCCGCGAUGUUAUUUCCAAAACAAUUCAGAAGGUACAGGAGAACUUCUCAGUCAUGAUAUCCAUGGAUUCAGUGAUGCAUCAGAGAAAGCAGUAGCAGCUGUGGUGUACUUGUUGUCCAAGUAUGCAAACGGAACAAUCGAUGUGCGUCUUAUCGCGUCUAAAACAAGAGUGGCACCACUGAAAAAACAAUCUAUUCCUAGAUUGGAACUCUUGGGAGCUUACCUGUUGGCAAAGUUGGUUUUCUCUAUUCGUUCUGUUCUAGAGUCCCUUGCAUUCAAAUUCGAUGUGUAUUAUUGGGUGGAUUCAUUCACUACUCUGUGCUGGAUUAAGAACAACAAACCGUGGCGUCAGUAUGUACAACAUCGGGUCAACGAGAUCAGACGGUUAUCGGCGAAGGAGAAGUGGAGAUUUUGUCCAGGAGAGUUGAACCCGGCUGACAUUCCAUCGCGAGGGUGUGCCGUAAAGGAACUAGUGAACAACAAAUCAUGGUGGAACGGCCCAGAAUUUUUGAAGGAGAAUCCCGAAUCGUGGCCAAAGUCAGCAACGACAAAUACCAAUGAGCUGGCGGACAAGGAGUUGCUAAAACAUCCACCUGUUGUUACCAGCUCACUUCCUUGUGUUUCGAAGAAUGUAUCUCGUGUUGCCAACUUAGAAAAUAUUAUCGACAUCGAAAGAUACAGUACCAAGAUUAUGUUGCUCCGAGUGACUGCAAUUGUGAUGAGAUUCGUGAAAUUACUGAAACGAAAGGCGAAUGUUCCUACAAAGCAUUUAACCGGGGACGAAUUGAGGACGGCAGAAAUUGAUUGGAUUAAGUCUGUGCAAGCCUGCUCUUUCAAAACGGAACAAAAUGCAUUAAUGAAAGGCGGUACGGCUUGCUUACACCAGUUUGAACUACAGCUUGAUACCAAUGGAUUAAUUUGUUGCAAAGGACGGUUGCAUAACGCCGACGUUCCAGAAUCUAGCAAGAACCCUAUUAUACUGCCGUCACGGCAUAGAUUUACGGAACUUUUAAUUCGUGAACGACAUGAAGAUAUCCAUCAUCAAGGCAUUCGUGAUACAUUGAACUCCAUUCGACAACAAUACUGGAUACUGAAAGGCAGAGAGGCCGUAAAACGGGUUACUAGAAGAUGUGUUGUAUGUAAAAGACACGAGGGGAAGUCGUUUCCCACGCCACCAAUGCCCGAUCUUCCCACCAAUCGUGUUGGUGACAGUCCACCGUUUACAAACACGGGAGUGGACUACGCUGGUCCACUCUAUGUUACGUGCGAUUCGAAAACUAAUGUCAAAUGUUACUGUUGCUUGUUUACUUGUGCAUCAACGCGUGCUAUCCAUCUAGAACUUACUAGAGACUUGAGUGCAUUAUCAUUUCUACAGGCGUUUAGGCGCUUCACAGCCCGUCGUGGAUUACCAGCGAAGCUACAAUCAGACAAUGAAAAAACCUUUAAAGCGUCGUCGGUAAAUAUCAGGAAGAUUAUGCAAGCGGCCGAAGUCAAGACUGAUCUGGCAAACAAGCAAGUAGUUUGGGAUUUUAUCGUUGAGAAAGCCCCAUGGUGGGGUGGAUAUUGGGAGCGUUUAGUGCGAAGCGUCAAGUCAUGCUUAAAGAAGUCUGUAGGACGAUCUUCGUUGAACUUUGAAGAAUUACGCACGUUAAUGGUUGAAAUCGAGUGCACCUUGAAUAACAGGCCCAUGACCUAUGUGUACGCAGAUGACGAAGGUCUAUCUUAUCCUCUUACACCGGCGGACAUGUUGUACGGACGGCAUAUAGCAACGACACCGAAUCAACGGUAUUCGAAUGUGUCCAGUACAUACCAAACCUUGACGCGGAGAAUAAAGUACCAUUACAGAUUGCUGCAAAACUUUACCCGACAAUGGCGUAGAGAGUAUCUUUGGGAUUACGCGAAAGUGCAAGAAAGAAUUCAAGUGUCGGAAGAAAUUCAAGUGAUAUAUCAGUCGGCGAAGUGGUGAUUUUAAAGGACGAUUCUACGGCUCGUUAUUGGAAAUUUGCUAAAAUUACCGAGAUACUUGAAGGCAAAGAUGGAGUAGUUCGAGCAGCGAGGAUUACCGUUCUUACUGCCCCAGGACAUGGGAAAACUACUAUAUUACAGAGACCUAUUCAGCAUCUCAUACCUUUAGAGGUUCGAUGCGCGGACACGAGUUAAACACUUGAACUAGAAGUUAGAUUAAGAUAAGUAUUAAUAUUCGUACGAACAGUUAUAAGUAAUAUGAGCAAGGACUCUUUAAUUUUAACAUAAUUACAUUCAAAUUUUGUUGGACUUUUGAUCACCUGAUGGAGAUCAACCCCCGGGAGUGUAACGUAGAUUAUUAGUUUAAGCGAUAUUUUUGUCGCGAUUAUUUUGUGUUGUUAUUGCCCGUAUAAUUUUCGCGCGUUUUAGAAUAAAUUAAUUACAUAUUCAUAACACUGCUGUUUGGAAAUGAUUUGGCAAAAAAUUUAAAGGAUGCCAAAGAGGCUAGUUCCCUCAGUUCUUCUAUGAAAAGUUAUCCCCCCAAGCAGUACAAUUACUCUGCAAACAAAAAACCUGCCUUGAAAAAUAAGCAGGAUUUUUGGCAGGGCCAGCGCAAGAACAAUCAAAAGAAAAAACCCUGGAGGGGGGGGGGGGACGAGAGAACAAGUGACAGAACUUCUCAAACAAAUCCGAAACUCGGUAAGUGAAUUUGAAAAAUAUAUACCUGUUAUUCUGACAUAUUUACAGAAUUUAUGCACUAGCUUUAAGGCUGGUCGAGUGGCUGAGCAUUUUACAGCCUGGACUAAAAUAACUCAGGACAGCGAAAUUUUAUCAAAUAUAACAGGUGUUGUAAUUGAAUGCACUGAGACACCUGUGCAACUUAACCUACCAGGUCAAAAGUUUCACCCACAUGAAUACCAAAUACUUGAUGCAGAAAUAUCAAAGUUAGUUGGUAAAGGGGUAGUAAACAAAGUACAACCUGAAACAACACAAUUUAUUUCUAGCAUAUUUUUGAGACCAAAACCUGAUGGGUCACACCGUCUCAUUCUAAAUUUGAAAAAGUUUAACGAAACAGUAGUAUAUCAUCAUUUUAAGAUGGAUUCUAUUUAUGAUAUAACUAAACUAGUUACAAAGGACUGCUUUAUGGCAUCUUUGGAUUUAAAGGAUGCAUAUUACUCAAUACCCAUCAAAGCAUCAGACCGAAAAUAUUUACGUUUCAUCUGGAAAAAAGAAAUUUACCAGUUUACAUGUUUGCCCAAUGGCCUUUCAUGUGCACCUAGGGUAUUUACAAAAAUAUUGAAACCUGCAUUAGCAACUUUACACUCUAUGGGCCACAUUUCUGUGGCACAUAUUGAUGAUUGUUACCUACAAGGUCAGACUUAUGACAAAUGUGUUGUCAAUGUCCUUGAUACAUUCAUGUUGCUUGACAAUUUAGGGUUUGUGAUACACCCCAUUAAAUCAAUUCUUAAACCCUCGCAGCAAAUUAUCACUCUGGGAUUUCUUAUCAACUCAUUGUCCAUGACCAUACGGUUGACUAGCGAUAAAGCUAUUGAUUUAAAAAAGGCUUGUAAAGCUUUAAGGACGGCCUCCAAACCACAAACAAUACGAGAGGUUGCGAGAAUUAUUGGUAAAAUAGUGGCAAGCUUCCCGGGGGUUAUGUACGGACUCUUGUACUACAGGGAGUUGGAUAAAGAUAAAACGCAGGCCCUAAAAGAAGCAAAAAGGGGAUUUUGA